GUUCCUAACCUUUUUUCCCUCUCCAACGUGCCUAUCCUAUCAUCGAUUCUCGACCAUCGGUGUUCGUCGUCCUUUCCUCCACCACCACCAUCACUUUCACAACCACCAGCGACGAACCAUCACCCCCCUCCGAUCCGCCCCCGCGAAUCGCCCCCUCAAUCUCUGCUUCGCUUGAACCUCGCUCCUCAUCAUCAAUCGAGCGAGUCGAUUCUCCGACGAUUAUUUUUUUCUCUCUCCCGUCGCGUUCCCAUCGUCGUUCGUCUCCGAUAGUUGCCCAUCAUGGCGGGAAAAAUGGUGCUGUACAAGUUGGUGGUCCUAGGCGACGGUGGCGUGGGGAAGACCGCUUUGACGAUCCAGCUCUGCCUGCAACACUUUGUCGAAACCUACGACCCCACGAUUGAGGAUUCCUACCGCAAGCAAGUCGUCAUCGACGGGCAAGCAUGCAUGCUCGAAGUCCUCGACACCGCCGGCCAAGAAGAGUACACAGCCCUUCGGGAUCAAUGGAUUCGAGACGGAGAAGGCUUCGUCCUCGUCUACAGCAUCUCAUCACGGUCGUCCUUUUCACGCAUUAAGCGGUUUCACCAUCAGAUCCAGCGAGUCAAGGAAUCAUGUGCAUCCUCACCGUCAUACCCGGGCUCCCCAAUUUCGGCAGCUAGCCCGCAAGCCCCCGUGCCCAUCAUGCUCGUCGGCAACAAGAGCGACAGAGUUACCGAGAGGGAAGUGUCAACACAAGAAGGCCACGCCCUGGCCCGCGAGCUCGGCUGCGAGUUCGUCGAGGCGUCGGCCAAGAACUGCAUCAAUGUGGAGAAGGCUUUUUACGAUGUUGUCAGAAUACUUCGGAGGCAGCGCCAGGCAGCCUCGCGGCCCCAACCGGGCGGACGGAGCAGCACCCGGCCAACCAACGGCGACGCCGGUGCGAGGUACGACGACAAGGAGGGCGGCGAUCGUUAUCGUCGCAAAGUGGGCAGACGGGAAGGCAAGAGUAAAUGCGUCGUCUUGUGAGGUCGCCCUCAUUGCGACAUGGACCUAUGUUCCCACCCUUAUCGACGGACUUGCUUCGGAUCCACGGCCGUAGCCCCGAUCCUUCAGAUUUGCAAAUCCGACGGGCCCACUGCCGCGAGGCACAAGCAUUUCACACGUCACGACUUGAUGAUUGCCAGCAUUAGAGAAGCGCUGGCAAAGGCCCCCUCCCCCUCCUCAAACGGCCACGACUAUUGGACGCACGAGAUUUCGAGUUCUGCUUUGAAGACGAUUCGGAUUUUUCCCCACGUCAUGGAUGAACAACCAGUUUCCCAUUGGGCGAACGGCGCACGAAAAGAGAGGCAUAUUUCUGGGGCGUAGGUUUCUUGAGAUUCAAUCAAACCUUUGGGCAGACUGGGAGUUCUCGUUUUUAUUUUUGUUCAUUCCGAACCACAUGAGGGCAAGCUGGCGGUGUUACAGGAGUCUUUCCCGCGGGCCUUUUUUGACGUCUAGCCGGUCGCAAAAGAAAAUGAUGCCACGUAUCUGCCACCUUCUACCCCCCCGGGAUUGUUCAUGUGUCGUGGUUUGGAUUAUUCAUACGGACUAUUUGACUUCUCGCUCAACGGCCGAGAGUGAGUGAGCGAGGGAAAGAGAGAGAGAGAGAGACGGAAGAGAGAGAGAGAGAGAGAGAAGAGCGGCGGGAAGACCUAUUGGAAGAGCUGCUGAAGACUGCGGGAGGUGGGAGCAAGCACUAAUCUGUGUAUACCGAAACGACCCUUAUUUUCCUGGCCGUGGUUCCGAGCCCAGAAGGAGUUGUGUAUGGGGAAGCGGCACAUUGAUGCCGACCCCCAUGCGGGAUGUAGUUGGGACAUCUGGGACAGGCAGACUUCUUUCUCGUUGAAUCUACAUUAUCCGUC